AUGGAUUAUUGCUUUAGAACAGAUUUAGUAUUAUUGCUAUUAAUUAUUCAAUUAUUAGGUCAUCUAUUUAUUCAUUGGAAUCAAUAUAAUUGUGAUUGGUAUGGUAAUAUUUAAAUAUGUAUUUUGAUUUUUAAUGUUCUAUUGAGAUAAUUACUUUAACUUUCAUAAUUUAAUAAAUGGGCUUUAUUUAUUACAUUUAUAAUAGCUGUAGAAACAGCAUCAAUGAAUGUAAUAGCAGUAUAAGAGAACGAGUGA